AUGAUUAACAGCAAUGGAGCUGGCUUGCCAAAAGCGGAAAUCCAUCUGCGAAGAUGUGACGACCCCCAUCCUCCGACCAUCCUAGAGGAUGGAAUGAAGGACUACCUAUCGAUGAUGACAAGAAGUGGCAAUGGUGGUUCUCCACCAUCAUCCCCGGAUCCCAAUUCUAAUAGCAGUAUAAGCAGUGAAAAUAGUGAGAGUGAUACAACACCGGAGAUGCUGGACAACAUACCAGUUAUGGCAAAUUACCAUGACAACAGUGAUACUGAGGAAUCAUUUACAGAGCUUGAAAGUUCUGGCUCAGAAGGCGACGAUUCAAGCUUGGAUGAUUCCAGUGACGAUGACAGCGAUACCAAUACAGAUACAGAUACAGUAAUGGAUGAAACACAAUGGAGGAGAAUCGCAGAUUCUACUGCCCCUCCACCCCCUCGAUUUCCAUUCACAGGGACAACAGGUCUCAAUAUCCCAGGGAAUAUUGAAAGUAUGUCGCCUUUAGAUUUUUUCCAUGUAUUUUUUGAUGAUGAACUGAUUGAACUUAUUUGCACUGAAACCAAUAGAUUUGCUGAGCAAUGCAAUGCAGACCCAAAUACGUGGCAUCCUGUAACUUCACCUAAACUCAGAGUUUUCUUAGCACUAAAUACUUUGAAAGGAAUUGUGAAGAAGCCUGAAGAAUCCUUGUAUUGGUCUAAAAAUCCACUUCUUAGAACCCCAAUUUUUGCUGAAUCUAUGCCUUUCAAAAGAUACAAGAAAAUCAGGCAGUACCUGCAUUUUUCUGAUAAUGAAGCAUACGAUGCAAAUUCGCAUCCUAAUCCCAAACUGAAUAAGAUAUAUCCUAUUUAUGUGCACUUAGAAAAUAAAUUUAGAAACUGUCUACACCCCACAAAGAAGAUAUUUCAAUGA